AUGGAUGUCAAGGCCACUGCCUUACUAAAGCUCAUAUACUUGGAAAUGGUCGGUCACGAUAUGUCAUGGGCAUCAUUUCAUGUCCUCGAGGUCAUGUCCUCCCCCAAGUAUGCCCAAAAGCGCGUGGGCUAUUUGGGAGCUGUCCAGAGCUUUCGUGCCGACACUGAAGUCCUCAUGCUAGCGACCAAUUUGUUGAAGAAGGACCUGAGUGCUGCCGCGCCGACUGUCAUGUCUUUACCGAUUGCGACGCUUCCCCACGUCAUCACACCGUCGCUCGCGCUUUCGACCCUCGCCGAUUUGCUACCUCGACUGAGCCAUAGUCAUGCCAAUAUUCGAAAGAAGACGCUCGUCACUCUGUACCGCCUUGCUCUCGUAUACCCCGAAGCGCUGAGAGCGGCGUGGCCGAAGAUCAAAGAGCGCCUCAUGGAUGCAGAGGAAGAUCCCAGUGUCACGGCUGCGAUUGUGAAUGUCGUGUGUGAGCUGGGCUGGCGCCGGCCGCAUGACUUCCUGCCGCUGGCGCCGAGACUGUUCGAGCUGCUGGUCGAUGGAGGCAACAAUUGGAUGGCUAUUAAACUGAUCAAGCUGUUUGCGACCCUGACACCGCUAGAGCCCCGACUUGUCAAGAAACUAUUACCGCCACUCACAAAUAUUAUACGCACGACUCCCGCCAUGUCGCUAUUAUACGAAUGCAUCAAUGGAAUCAUCCAAGGAGGCAUUCUUGGGAGCGCCGAUGAUACUGACACCGAAGAAAUCGCUACACUUUGCGUUAAUAAAUUGCGAGGCAUGAUCAUCAUGAAUGGCGAUCCGAACUUGAAAUACGUUGCACUCUUGGCAUUUAAUAAGAUUGUCCUCACACAUCCAUACCUUGUGUCGCAGCAAGAAGACGUUAUUCUUGAGUGCAUUGACAGUCCAGACAUCACGAUCCGUAUCCAGGCUCUCGAUCUUGUUCAGGGCAUGGUUACGGGUGACAAUUUGUUGUCUAUUAUCAGUCGACUGAUGAAACAGCUCAAGGCCGCCGCACCUGCGAAAGGGAAGAUUGAUGCUACGCUAGAUACGACAGAUGCUUCGGGAGAUUCCGAUGAGGAGUCGCAACAGGCCGCGAACGCGGCAUCCAUUAAAAAUGCGAUGCUGAUUCCCGAGGACUAUAGAAUCGACGUCAUCGGAAGAAUCUUGUUCAUGUCUUCCAAAGACAAUUAUGCCAACAUUGUCGAUUUCGAUUGGCCGCUGCGAAUAGGCGAUCUGCUGCUGGCGUAUCAGACAAGAUUGGAAAUGAAUUGCGAAACGUUGCUGUCAAAGUCCGAGCUAUGCGUCACUCUGUUCUGA